AAGGCCCAACUGCCUUUCGAGUGACUGGCCAUGUCAUCAUGCCAGGUGGCGUUUGGCUAGGCUGCAGAUCUCGCCACACGUCGAGUGUAACGCUGACGUGGAAGAUUCUUCAUCUGAAUCUAUUGGCGGGAGAGCAGGAGAAUGUUUGGCGUGUAGAAGCGGAGCGACGGUUGAUACUCAACAAACACGACGCAGCAGAAGAAAUGGCAGGUAUGACGGCAUCGAAUGAACAUCAGCAACAGCGCGCGGCGGUAUGGUUGUCAGAGCUGGAGGAUGGGAGGCGUCGGCUGCAAGAGAUUGCGUGGGUGAUGUCAUCCCCAGCAAAUCACCCAUCUGCGGUCCGAGGGGGCGGGGCUCAGAUGGCUGAUUGGUUGGAGGAUAUGUCCCAGCAGAUGCUGGACAUCAUCUGGAUGAUGGAGGAGGGGCCGGAUCCUUGGCUUGAUGACAUCAUCGAUUGGGAACAGGAGCGGGAUAUCACACGUAGAUGCUACGAUCUCUUCAGGGAAGGGCAAGCAAUCUCUGACAGCUAUUACUGCGAGGACUGCGAUGACGACGGCAACAGCGGCGCGGACAACAACAACAACAACAACAACAACAACAACAACAGCAACAACAGCAACAACAACAACAACAACAACAACAACAUCAACAGUGACAAUGACAUCAACAACAACAACAACAACAACAACAACAACAACAACAACAACAACAACAACAACAACAACAACAACAACAACAAUAACAACAACAACAACAACAACAACAACAACAACAACGACAUUAAUAUCGACAGCAACAAUGACAUUAACGUCAUGAACAACAACAACAACACCGACAUCGUUGACGGCGACGUCAACAGCAACAACAACGAAGCCAAUACGACGGCGGAAAUUCCAAGAACGAUGGGGACAUUGGUCCAGAAAGCUGCGUUCUCGGCUGCGGCAACAACAACAAUUGAGACACCAACAACAGGAAUAACAACAACGACAAUGACAAUGGCGCCUGCAUCGCUGGUGGUGAUAACGACAGCAGUGACAUCAGCUGCAACAACAGCAAAAACAUCUCAGGGGGAGAGGACCAGGGAUCUGAAGAAGCCGGGGAGGAAGGGAUUAGUGGUGAAAAAACGUCAUAUCGUCUCCCCCCCUUGGUCUUUUGAUGUCGAAUCGCUCCCUGAUGAUUGGCCGCUGGUGGGAAUAGGAUAGGAGAUGCCCCCUCUGUUCAUUGAAACCAUCGGCCCCUCGAUCUCAAUCAACAUGGAAUGACAAU